AUGGCAGAAGCUAUCGGAGUAGCCUCCGGGCUACUGGCCCUAGGCCAAUUCGCCUUCCAGUCCAGUAUCGCGCUUUACCAGACAAUCAGUAGCUACCAGUCUCACCAGCAACGAGUGCGAGAUCUCGCAGAGGAGGCAAGCGCACUUAGUGGCGUACUGGCUUCGCUGGUUGAAACAGUCCAGAAUACUACUGAUAUCGACCUUUCUUCCCUUGAGCUACCUUUGCGACAGUGCGGCAAAGCUUGCCAAGUGUUUGAGCAACAGAUACAGAAAUGCUCGUCCCGGUCUACAGGCUCUCGAGCGAGCGUUCGCGACUGGGCGAGGCUAAAAUAUAUGGGCGACGACAUUGAUGGAUUUAGAAGACUGCUGGCCAGCUACAAACUGACCAUAAGCGUUGCCCUCACCGACGCCAACCUCCGCAGAUCCGCUGCCACAUCUGAAGCCAUAGAGGGUUACAAAGAGCUCCUCGACAGUGCCAGGGAAAACUUGGAGGACCGUCUCGAUACAAUAAAUGAGAAAAUGGACGCUAUGCUAGACAAGAGCGUUGCGGGCUCUACGCCAAACACAUCUGAGCUGAUGCAGAUCAAGGAAGAGAAAGCAAGCACGGAAAAGAGUCUCGCAAUUUGCGCUCAAUUGUCCAUGCACAUUAGCCAGCUCCAGUUUGCGACAACUCCCAACCCAAAUGCAGGCGGCAGUGCCAAUACGGGCUCUAUCCCUGAAAAAAUCACACAUGAAGGACUGGAAGAGUGCAAAACUAGCCUUUCUCGUAUGGCUACAAAGUUGAGAGCACACGAGAAGCUGCUCUUCAGCCGAUUGACGGAAAAGAUGAAGGCUUCAACGACAUCCCCUGACGAAGCUGCAGAUAUUGCAAGAUUGAGGGAUGAAUGGGAGGCAACCUUUGAGUCGAUUAAUAUCUUAUCCAAAGCAAAUACUUAUUUUGACAACGAGGCAAGCGUUAUCGAGAACCACGCAACGGGUGACGCAAUGCAGGUGAUGGUUGCCACCGAUGAGAAGACUCUGCACGGGACGAAUCGAGGACUCGGAUGGAGGUCGAGACAGAUUGGUGGGCGCAUGGACAAUGAGACAGUGCGGGCGAUAUCGCGGGACAUGGUAUCCGUUACCAUUCGGAAUAUCGCCAACGAAGAACUGCAGCCGCGACAAGCAACCCCGGCAGCGCCAGGCGAAAUACAAAGAGAUAAUCAAUAUUCGGGGUUUAGUGAGAGGAAUGUCUUACAUUAG